AGUCGCUUCUCGCAGACGGCGGAAGAAAAGCGAGGCCAGGCGAAGUGAAAGCAGCUGAGGAGGACCGGCUCGCCUGGCUCGGCUCGGUUCGGUUCGGCUUUUUCUCCCCAUUCUCCAGGGGGAGCGAGGAAAAACGCUCGGGAGCGCGCGCGCCUCUGUUGCUCCGCUGCUGCCGCCGCUGCUUGCCCGGACUACAAAACUUUCUUCUUUGCGCCCGGAGCCUCGAGAGCGGGAGAACCGGGCGGGCGCGACAGGGCGAGCCAGGCAGGCGAAGUCGCGGGCCCGCGAAGCGGCGGGCAGCCGCCCAUCCAUCCAUCCGUCCAUCCAUCCGCCUCUCCAUCCAUCCACCCCCUCCGUUCCCCGCCAGCCGACCAACUCCGCCCUGAAGCACGCCGACAAGUGAGGAGCGACGGGCGAAAGGAGCCGAGAGAGAGAAAGAAGGAGGGGAGGCAGGAGAGCGAAAGGGGAGCCAGCGAGGCCGUCGCUCCCGGCCGGAUCGUUAGUCAGCGCUUUGCCCGGCUUGGUAGAUCGCUCCUUCGGGGGAAGGAAUCGGCGGGGCGCCUCUUCACGCUUCUUCCUUUGGUGGCGGGCCGCAGCGGGAGCUGCAACGCGGGAAUAAUGUGGAACGUGUGGAUGGUGCUUGCCUUCGCCUUAUCGGCCUGCGUCUCGGGCGAGACGUUUAUUUCAAGUGUUGGAAGAAAUGUCCAUCUGGGUUCAGUUCCAAGUGGGGAGAAAGACACUGGAAACAUGGAAGCUGCUUGGAAGGAUGGUUUAAUGGUGAACAGGACCACAUGGGUUUGAAGUCCUGGGAACACAUGGAAAGCAGAAGAGCAGAACUGACCUCUGAUAAAGACUUAUACCUUGACAACAGCUCUAUUGAAGAAGCAUCAGGAGUCUACCCCUUUGAUGACGAUGAUUAUAUUUCUGGAUCAGGCUCUGGAGAUGAAGAAGAAGAGGAAGAAGAAAACACAGUAGUGAUGACCACUAGAAUGCUUCCAAAGAUGCUGCCAACAAGUGAUGCUCCUACGAUUGAGAGAACUACAUCGAAAACAAAGACCAAGGUACCUACACAAACAAAGUCACCUGAGGAGAUUGAUAAAAAAAUACUUAAGCCUGAUGCAGAAAACAGAAAUGCUCAAAAUGAGCCAAUUGAAGAUACUGAUGUAUUUACUCGGAAACAUUCAGAGAACCUUUUUCAGAGAACAGAGGUUCUGGCAGCGGUUAUUGCUGGUGGAAUCAUUGGCUUUCUUUUUGCAAUCUUCCUUAUCUUGCUUUUGGUGUAUCGCAUGAGAAAGAAGGACGAAGGGAGUUACGACCUCGGGGAGCGUAAGCCCUCCAGCGCUGCCUAUCAGAAGGCACCCACUAAAGAGUUUUAUGCAUAAACUCUAAACGUAGUGUCUCUAUUUCAGAGAUCACUGAACUUUUUAAAUAAAGCUUUUUUUUUUUUUGGCCUAGAAUAAUGAAGAACUUUUUUUUUCAUUAAAGAGCCUUUAUGGCACCUUUAUGAUAAGGAAAAAAAAAAGAGAUCCCAUUGUAUUUAAAACUUUUCAUGUAUUCCUUUAAAAAAAUGUAAAAUAAAAUCUUAACAUUUUGCAGUAUUCUGUGAAUAGCAGUGGCAACGUAUGAUUUUAUAUAGCCGUUGAUGUUCACCGAAUUAUUUACAAAAAAAUAUGCAUAAGUGGAAAUGAUUGUUUUAUCUGAUGGUUCAAUGGAAGUUGUUUUAAUUUUGUCAGCAUGUCUGAUGACUCUCACAAGUUAAUUUUUAUUUCAUUAAUUUAUCUGUUCUCCAAAAUUAAAAAUAAAAUGCCUUUUUGUAGCUGUCCUAGUGCAAUUUGUGUUCAUAUAAUUCAGAUAAUGUAACUCUUAGUGUAAAUGUAUUUUUUCAGCUAUGUAAACCUUAACCUCCAUUUUGUAUAAAUUUUAUUGUCAGAAAGUACAUUUUACCCCGUUUGUUUCUCAAUGGUUUCUGUAGCUUGAUUGAAAUUUAAAACGGCAAAUUAAUGUGUAAAAUUGAAGUACAACUACUUCCCUUUACAAAACAAAUCUUUAUAGGAGAUCUUUCAGUAAGCUACUGACAAGCCUACAUAAACCCAAAGACUCUUAACAGUAUUGCAAGGGGUUGCUGCAAAAUUGAUUUGGCCACUUUUUUUUUAUUAAUUUCAAUUUGAAGGUACGAGAUAGAAUUCAAAAUGAAUCUGAAUCCUUUGUUCUUUUUUUUUUAAGCAUUUAAAGUAAAUGUCUUUUAAAGCCUUUGAAGUGCCUAUGAUUCUAUGUAACUUGUUGCAGACUGGUGUUAAUGAAUAUAUAACAUUAAAACAAAGAAAUGUUGAUAUUUUAUAAGCACAGACAAUUCUAAUGGUAACUUUUGUAGUCUUACAUGGAUAGACAUAAAUUGUAAUUUGGAAGCAUAAACACUACUGAAUAAAUCAUGUGGCCUAAUACUGAAA